AUAAUGGUUUAGGAUAAAAGAGAGAAUACGGGACUGUCUGACACACUUCGUGUACGGUGGAAAUCAUGUUUGUUAUUACUGCUAUCCUCGUCUUGUUCAUGGCCGCCCUUACAUCUCAGGCCUUCAUAUUUAAUGAUCGUACCGCAUACGAUGGUUGCAAGCUAGAUGCACACCAAAGCACCAAUUGUAAAAGGUAUUACGACUGUGGUGAUAAUGGAGGCAAAUUACUGUUUCGUCACUGCGAUUCUGAAUCCCCGAAGAAUUGCGGAGUAACGCUAGAGACGGACGGUUGCUGCACGUUUUGCCCAUGCAGGGAUGGCGAUGGAAAAAAAAAAGAUGAGGGUGACGAGUUCUUGGUCGGCAAUAUAAAUCCUCAUGUGAAGAAUUGCAGGUGCAUUAGGGACCAGGAUGGCGUACUAGUUGCACGAUGCAAGAACGCCCUCAUUCUGCCACUUAAAAAGCCUACCGAGGAACCAGAUUUUGGAAUUCCGAUUGGCAAGCGUCGACGAUAAGAAACAGCGCGCACUGUAGUAAAGAGGCACCGUUCACAUGAUUGCUCAACAGCGCUGGACGGUUGUAUACCUCCAUCCAGCAUAUCGUCGUGUUUAGCUCUUUUUAAACCGCAAUAAACAUAUAUAAAAUUCCUA